AGAAGUAAACGUCGCACGUCCGGUUUGAAGAAUCCAAUUAAAGGAAAGUUGGAUAAACAUGAUUUCUCAUCUGAUGUUGGGCCAUCUACAGCUGAAAAAGUUGAUGAAUUUCCCUGUGUGUCAACUACAGCUGAAAAAGUUGAUGAAUUUCCCUGUGUGUCAAGUUGUUUCGAGAGUAGGGAAACCAAGGCUGGUUAUAAAGCUGGUGCUAAUUUUAAAUCUAAUAAUGAAUCUCCGGUAGAAAAUACUGCUGAAGAAUUUAGGAAGAGAAUCAAUCAAAACUGUGCCAUUCUUGCAACAGCCAUGCAAUUAGAAAAUAUAUCUGGGUGUGGUUCAGUAGUAGACCAAUUUGAAGCUAGACAAGCUGAUAGUCUGCAAGAUGGUAAAAGAGAUCAAAUGCAUAAUAGUUUAAUGAGUAUGCUCACCCGAGGUCUGGAGGAGACAGUUGUUGCAAGUUGGGAUGACAUAGAAUUACAUUCAUCUCAGUCCUUGGAGUCAAAGAAUGACCAGAUUGUCAGCAUUGGAUAUGUAGGAGAUGAAUGGGAUGAAGAAUAUGAUAAGGGGAAGAGGAAGAGGAAGAAGAUAAGGGGCUCCAAGCACAGCUUUAGUGGACCGAAUCUUUUCCAAGAAAUUGCUACCGAGAAAUCCAAGUUUAAAAGGGUAAAGUUGGAUCAAUCUAGCUCAGGGAACCCGCCGUUUAGGAUGUCUGUGGACUUUUUGUAG